AUGAAGUUUUCAGCACUCACCUUUGUCGCUCUGGCAGCCUCUUCGGUAUAUGGCUCGGUCAUUAAUGUCUCUGCCCUUGAUACCGCCGACACCUUUGUCAAUCUCGAGACCCGCGCCACAUGCUGGAAGUCGGACAUGCAAGCCGUCAAGGACCGCAUCAACCACUACAAUGUCUUCUGCCAGAUGUACAAUGCUCAGUAUNNAUCUCGCGAUUCAUCUCCUCUGCCCACAUUGACUGCCGCCAAGUUGACCGGUGCAUGCUCGUGUCUCCUGGCCGAGUGGAACAAACAAUCAAACCCCACUUCCGUGCCUUCUACCGGAUCAAACACCUGCGCCGCUUCAGACAUCAACCUGAUCAAGAACGAGGCACCCAAAAACUUCCAAUCCUACUGCAAAUGGUGGGGCUUGAUUCCUCGCACACGCUCAGCCAUCCCCGGAGUCAGCGCCAACCAAAUCACAAAAUCGUGCAAGUGUCUGCUCGCCUCGACCGGAACCACUGCAUCCACUGCCGCCAAAGUUACUACCAGCACUUCGAAGGCUGCAGCCACUUCCACUGCUUCGGCCUGCAAGAAGCGCAGAAAGGUUCGCAGAACUGUUACUGUUGAGGUUCCUGCUGAGGCCACUCCUUCUGUUUAA